CUCCAAGAGUGGCUCGAGUGUUCAGUCGUUGGGGCCUCUGAUUUGUGUUCUCUGCCACACAUCGGCCAGCCCGCGUGUAACAUCGUGGUUCAUUUGCAACGCGCAGGUCAAGUCCCAAACUUUGGAAACGUUGUCUGUGCUGCAUGAACGUCGCCACACGCACCCGUGUGCUGGACGGACCGCGUCGCAUGCUAUUUGACGGCAUGCGGGUGGCGUCCCCACCGCAAGCUGCGCCAGCCAAGCGAAAAGAUACAACCAAGGAGGACCUGGAUCUGCUCAAGUCUCAAGAACUCUUUCUCAGCGUCGUAUUGGACUGGCAGCAGCAUGAUCCGUCCGACGCGUAUCUCCAUAGACACUCAUCCAUGCAAUCCGACAACGUGUACACGUCGUCGUUCGAAUCGUCGGAAGGCUCUGACCACGAAGGUGGGGCGGCCACACGCCUCAUGAACUUUACUCGCAACGCCAAACCGUCAAAGCACGCACCCUUGGACCACGAUCCAAGCCCCACGACCUUGCCCAAAAUUCACAACGUCCCUCCAUCCAAACCCGUGCCUGCACUUAAUCUCAACAACCUCCUGCCCGUGCCCACAAAACGCAUUGGCAUUUACUCGCCGCGGUCCCGUCGGGUUCUCUUGGACAAGUACAUGGAGAAGCGCACGAAGCGUCUGUCGCGUAAAAAGGUGCGCUACCGAGUGCGCAAAACCCUGGCCAAUGCACGGCCACGGGUCAAAGGCCGCUUUGUUAAAACGGAGCAGCCCUUGACUGCAGCAGCGGUCGAAGAGAUGGAGAAGAAGCAACAGCCGGGUCAACAGGCAAAAGACAAGUCUGCAUCCAGGCAAGAGAUGUCGUCGUCCGAAAAUGACUUCGAUUAUGUUGGCGCAUACUACGCGGGCGAAGACAGCUCGCGGGACGAUGUCCAAGCAAUGGUGAACGUGAUUUUCUCUAACAGGUGCAAGCGAGGCGACGAGGUCAACUGGGAAAAGUGGGCAAGUCAACUGGAGCAGUCGAUUUUGGCUCUUCUCCCCAGCCAAUACGUGGACUCUCCAUUUCCCGACAUCUUCUCGGACGUGGCAAACACUCUCGGUGACGCGGAAGAAGACUGCUCUAUGGAGACAUUCUCGCGGGCAGUCCAUGCCGGGGCCAUGUAUGUCACCAUAUGCCUCAGUCUGUACAUCAGCCUCCGACACCCAAGUCUAUGGGAACACGACGACAACCUGUCGCCCGUGUUGAGGCAUUAUCUGCCCGAAAUCAAACAACUCUGGGCUCGACGGAGGCCAAAGCCGAGCCAAACGUUUGAUUUUAUGGAGAGCGCGAUUCCAGGCACUGCAGCUGUCAUAUGCCUUGGCUACGCUGCUGGCAAACGCCACCUCAAACCCAUUUUCCCUUAACGCCAAGACCUCCGUCGACCUCCACGAUCCACUGAACUACCUUAUUCACACUGCACAUGUAGAAUACGCCGUACAAUAAAACCUAAUAAUACACUAUUUCCUCCCUC